AUGUCUUAAGAAAUUAAAAACAAUACAAAUCUUAAUAAUAUAACUAAUUUUAUUUAAAAAAACAAAAGUAAAGAAGGAAUUACUAUUCAUGAACAUUUAUAUCGAAUAAUACACAAAUAUUUAAAGAAUCCAAAUAAACUUACAAAUAUAAAUAACUUAGAAUUAAUAUCCUAAUUUUUAAAAAAAAAUUGUUUAAAUUAUACAAAUCCGUUAACUGAUAAAGAAGUAAAUAAUAUUCCUUUAGCAAUAGCAGAACAUUAAGAAUGGAUAGAAUAAAUCAAAUAAUUAUUUAAAGAUAUAAAGAAAUAAUAAAAAAAUAAAUAAAAAUUACUGUUUCCAAAUUUUUAUGAAUAAAGUUAAAUAUUAUAAACAGCUUCCAUUUCAUUUUAAGAAGAAGAAUCUUUCUAAAUACACCAUUCUAUUAGAAGACUAGCCGAUUAAAUAAAUGCUUCUUAGAUGAGAUUUUGGGGUAAGUUUUUAACUAGAGGAAAUGAUUAUUAUGUCGCUUAAUGUUUUUAUAAUAAUCUUAAUAGUGAUAAAAUGUAAAAUAAAGAUGAAUAAUAUGGUGCAGGAGUUAAUAAAUAUUCAUAUUGGGUUACAUAAAACGUUUUAGAUGAAUGGAUUGAAUUACCUUUAAUUACAGCCGAAUAAAUGUAAAUAGCAAAAUAAAUAAAAUACAUUUGUAAAGGAGAUUUGAAUGCAAAUGUAUAAACCUAUCCACAUUUUAAUGGCAAAGAAAAGCAUUUUUUAAAAGCAUAAAUAGUUAGAAUUACUCAUGGUUGUGAAUUAUGUCCGAAGGGUUUAUAUAAAUUAUAAGAUGAAAAUGAUAAAGAAAUAGAAUUUGAAGAAGAAGCUUUUAAACUUUAAGAUUAUUAAGAAUUAUUAACGCUUGAAAAUUGGGUUCAUUUAAAUCCUAUAAUUCUUAAAUAAGGUAGAGUAUCUCUUUAUGUAGAUCCUUCCUUACCAGAAGAUAUAAAAGAAGAAAAACUAGAAUAAUUAAAAAAUGAUGAUGCUGAUACUUAAGUUGAGAGAUUAAGAGAUAUAUCAUAAGAAAAAUCUCCAUUUGCAAAAGGAGAAGAAGAAGAAGGAGAUCCGAAUUGGAUAAAAAGAGAAUUUGGCGAUCUUUAAUAAUUUAAUAGUUAAGAUGAGGGAACAUAAUUGAACUAUAGUGUUAUAUGUUUUAAAAAUUUAACUUGGCCAGGUGCAUAUUUAGUUUCAAAUUCUUAAUAAUAUUGUAAUAUUUAUAUUGGAUAUGGAUUAAAAUAAAAUCAAUCGCCAUUUUUACCUGUUGGACCAGAUGAUAUGUAGUAAGAAUAAGAUGAUACUGAAGAAUAUCCUGAACCUAAUCCUAAUGUACCACCUGAUGUUGUAGAAACUGAUAGUGAUGAAGAAAAGAAAGAAGAUACAGAAGACUAAUGA